UGUACGUCAUCGGUUCGCGCCGGAAAGAGAAAGGAGACCCAGCAGCUGAGCGUCCACGUGAGAGCUAGUAAGCAUGGCGUCGCUUCAGGAACCUGAAGUUCUGCUGGCACAAAGACUAGCCUCUAAUGAAAAGGCGAUUCGGUCCAAGGCCAUAAAGAAACUGAGGAAAUACAUCGUUGUUCGUUCUCAAAACGCGUCAGGUGGAUUCAAACCAGAUGAGCUGCUCAAGCUGUGGAAGGGUCUCUUCUACUGCCUGUGGAUGCAGGACAAACUGUUGCUGCAGGAAGAGCUGUCUAAUCAGAUCUCCACCCUCAUCCACCACUUCCACCACACAGACCAACAAUUACUGUACAUGGAGAGCUUCCUGCAAACUCUUAAGAGAGAGUGGACCGGUAUCGACAGGCUGCGGAUGGACAAGUUCUACCAGGUGGUUCGCUUCAUGUUCAGGCAAAGCUUUGAGGUGUUGAGGAGACAGAGCUGGGAGAGCAGUGUGGUGGCCAGGUUCCUGCAGCUGCUGACGUCCCACCUGCUGCAGGCGGACAGCGGGGCUCCCUCUGGGUUGCAGUUACACAUCUUGAAUCUCUACUUGUCUGAGCUGGCAGCUGUUGGUGCAGCAGAGCUCACUGCCGACCAGAACCUGAUGUUUAUUGAACCGUUCUGCAAGACUGCUGCAAAAACCAAGAAUCGGAUGCUGCUCAGUGCCAUCUGCAGCUCCAUCUUCAGCACCAUCAUUGACCAGGCUCCAUUUGCUGUGGAGGAUCUGAUGAAGGAGGUGAACAGCUCUGACUCUGGACAGGCAUCAGAGGAAGAGGAUGGAUGUGAAGAAGAUAAGACGAGCAGCAAAGCAGUCUGCAGGAGAAGAUCGGGGAGGCAGAUCGAUGGAAACAAACCAAACAAUGAUGAGGAGGAGGAAGAUGAUCUGAGUCACCUGGAGGACUCUGACUCUGAGUCGGCGCACGAAGACGUGGGACCUGUCCUGCAGUUCGACUUUGCUGCUGUGGCACAAAAGCUGUUUGAGUUGGCCAGUCGGAGCAACACACCGGGACACAACCGGAAGAAACUCUACAAAAUCAUCAAAGUGCUCCGUGACCUCAGUGAAGGUGUGUUUCCUCAGGAUGAAUACCCAGAGGAGGUUUCCACAGACGAGGACGACGACAUGUUCGGCUCCAGGAAAAGGAUGAAGAGAUCAGCUCACAGGGAGACUGAGGAAGAAGCAUCAGUGACAAAGAAGAGAAAGGAAAUGGAGGAAUUCGGCAAACCAAACAACGCUGAUUCUGUAGAUGAAGCAGUGAGCAACGCCAAGGAGAAGAAACAGAAGAAGAAGAAACAGAAGAAGAAGAAGAAGAAAGCUGAGAAUGAGGAGAACAAAGGCAUUCUAGAAUGCACACAAGAGCCAGCUACUGAAGCACAUCUGCAGAGCUCCUCCCCAUCCUCAGAGAGCCCAUCAGAACCGCAGCCUCCAGCCAGGGUCACAGAGCCCAGCAUCUCCAGUGGGAAGAAGAAGAUGAAAGGAAACGUUUGUGUUUCCGGAGGAUCAGAGGGACUACAGGAGCAGCAAAGCUUCACGGCAGCAGAGGCUCCAGUCCUGGUGAAGAAGAAGAAGAAGAAGAGCCUUCCAGCUGAGGCAGAUGAGCAGAUAACACCACCUGAUGCUGCUGCUCCAAGUCCUGCCAAGAGCAAACAGAAAGGUCGAAAGGUGAAGUCCUUUGAACAGCUGGUGGGUGCUGACAGUGUCUCUGAAGACGUCAAACCAGCAGUCUGUCCUGAGUCACCAGCUGUUGUUGAGAGAACGUCAGCCAAGAAGUCACGCAGGAAGAAGAGUCCUGCUGGGGAGCAGGAGGUCCCCGUGGGUGCAGAUGGGGGGGAAGCAGGAGCAUCAGAGGCUGACGGUGCUCCAACACCACAGAAGAAGAAGAAACGGAAAAGAUCAGCUGCUGCAGGAGAGAAGGCUGAAACAGACCCAGAGAAGAAGAAGGGCCCAAAGCUGAACUGGAGCCCGCUGCACAUGGACACAGAACCCGAUGUGGUCACACCUGCCAGGACAACACCAACGAAGAAGAGGAAGAAGAUCCCUGUGGAGUUUGAGUUUGAGGCAGAUGAGCUGGAUGUGACUGCACCUGUCGGUGACAUCACAGGAGCAGGAGUCAACAGUACCGAGGACGUCUGCACGCCAGCCACUCCUUUGAGACAAAAAAAGUUACAGAAGAAGACUGUGGGCGCUUCAGGAAGUGACUUCAUCACCUUCAGUAGCAAAGCCCGAGUCCCAAAGCUGCUGUUCUGUAAGAGCAGCCGGCGCCCAAACACACCGCUGCCCAGCAAGAAGAAAAAACAAACUCCCAAAUCAGAACCUAAGAAGGUGACUUUUGGGCUCCGGAAUAAUAAGACUGCUGAGUUCAGGAAGACUGACCGAAGUUUGUUGCUGAGCCCAGAAGGCUCGUCACGAGUUCCCUUCGACCCAAAGCAGAAACCCAAAUGUGGGGUCCUAAAGUCCCAGACCCCCCCGGGAACCAGGAGUUUGAGGGAGACUCCCGACGGCAGCAAAAAGACUCCGAGAGGAGCGGCCAAAGGCCGACCCCUGGCAGCAGACUUUUUCUAACCAGACGUGUUUUAGUAGUCAUGCAGCUUGUUCUGGUUUUAUCACAUGUUGAAACUGAUCAGUUUGUUUUAAACAACAGAAGGCUACAGGGCGGCAGACCGCGGUCGUACUUUUACCAUAACCUCAUCACUAAACUAGAGUAAAUGUUUAGUGUUUCUCUGUUCAUCAGGCGAACCUCCAGUAGAACUUCCCUUGUGUUCAACAGGAAGUCCGUUUGGACCGCUUUAGUUCUGGAUUUCAUCAGGAUUUUGUAUCGGUGCAGCAUUUUUUACUCAUGAAGAAUAAAAAUAUAUUCUAUCCGUA